AUGUCUCACGAAGGUCAAGAAGAAUUGUUAGACUAUUCUGACUCGGAAGAAAUUGCCGUACCAACCACCACUCAAGCUGGUGGUGAUGGCGAGGCCACCAAUGAUAAAGAGGCUGAUAAAAAAGGUUCUUACGUUGGUAUUCACGCCACCGGUUUCAGAGACUUUUUGUUGAAGCCCGAAUUGUUGAGAGCUAUUGGGGAUUGCGGUUUUGAACAUCCAUCAGAAGUUUGUAUUCCUCAGUCCAUUUUGGGUACCGAUGUUUUAUGUCAAGCCAAAUCCGGUUUAGGUAAAACCGCCGUCUUUGUUUUGUCCACUUUACAACAAUUGGACCCAGUUCCGGGCGAAAUCUCCACUUUGGUCAUUUGUCACACAAGAGAAUUGGCGUAUCAAAUCAAGAAUGAGUAUGCCAGAUUCUCCAAAUAUAUGCCAGAUGUCAAGACUGAAGUCUUUUAUGGGGGUACCCCAAUCAAGAGAGAUAUUGAAAAAUUGAAAAACAAGGACACAUGCCCACAUAUUGUUGUUGCCACUCCUGGUAGAUUGCACGCUUUGGUUCAAGACAAGGCUAUCAGAUUGAACAAUGUCAAGUCAUUUGUCAUUGAUGAGUGUGAUAAAGUUUUGGAGGCAAUCGAUAUGAGAAGAGAUGUCCAAGAUAUUUUCCGUGCUACUCCACACCAAAAGCAAGUCAUGAUGUUUUCGGCUACCUUGUCUCAAGAUAUCCGUCCAGUUUGUAAGAAAUUUAUGCAAAACCCAUUGGAGAUUUAUGUUGAUGAUGAAGCUAAGUUGACCUUGCACGGUUUACAGCAAUACUACAUCAAGUUGGAGGAGAAGGAAAAGAACAGAAAAUUGUCUGAUUUGUUGGACUCUUUGGAAUUCAAUCAAGUUAUUAUCUUUGUCAAGUCCACUCAAAGAGCAAAUGAAUUGAACAAGUUGUUGUGUGCUUGUAACUUCCCUUCCAUUGCUGUGCACUCUGGUAUCCCACAAGAAGAAAGAAUUGAAAGAUAUAGAUCAUUCAAGGAGUUCAACAAAAGAAUUUGUGUUUCAACUGAUGUCUUUGGUAGAGGUAUCGAUAUUGAAAGAAUCAACUUGGCCAUCAACUAUGAUUUGCCAAAUGAAGCUGAUCAAUACUUGCACAGAGUCGGUAGAGCUGGUAGAUUCGGUACCAAAGGUUUAGGUAUUUCUUUUGUUUCCUCAAAAGAGGAUGAAGAAGUUUUGGAAAAGAUUCAAAGCAGAUUCGAUGUCAAGAUUACUGAGUUCCCGGAAGAAGGUGUUGAUCCAUCAACCUACAUGAACACUUAG